AUGGUCUUCCGGUCUGGGCCAGUUACCCCAGGCGUGGCCUUCAUCACGGGCGGUGCACGAGGGCUAGGAAACGCAAUUGGCGUAUCGUUCGCAAAGGAGGGCGCGCGAGGUGUAUGCUUGGUCGACAUUCAGGACGAUGCCACGUUCGAAGAAGGCAAGAAGGCCGUCGAAAAGUAUGGGGCAAAGGUCUUGUGUAUACGAGCAGACGUGACCAAGGAAGAGGACGUGGAGCGAGCAGUGAAUGAAGCAGUCAAGGAGUUCGGUAGAAUCGAUUACGCAGCGAACUUCGCUGGCAUUUUUGGUAGUACAUUGCCAACCUGGGAUAUGGAUGCCGCUGCUUUCAGGCAAGUCAUGGAAGUCAACACAACAGGCGUUUGGUUGUGCAACAAGCACCAGUUGAGACAGAUGAGGCAGCAGGAUUCCGUCGAAGUUGAGGAGGGCCGGCCGCCUCAGCGAGGGUCGAUUGUCAAUUGCGCCUCCGUCAACUCGAUCCAAGCCGGUGCGGGGACCACGGGAUACACGGCAGCCAAGCAUGCUGUCGCGGGCCUUACGAAAGCCGCCGCCCUUGAAGCCCGCGGCCAUGACAUUCGUGUGAACGCCGUGUCGCCCGGGUUUCUGCUCACCAAGCUGCUUGACCCCUUUAUGGGAAAAUAUGGGUCAGACGAAGGGAUGAAGCAAUGGGAGGUGCAUGAGAAGAGACAAGGCCGGAAGGCGACUUUUGAGGAAGUUGGUGACGUGGUGGUGCUUCUCAGUACGCCUCGGAUGAGCCUCGUUGUGGGACACAAUCUUGUCAUUGAUGGGGGUUUCACCAUCAACGAGAGGACGGAGUAG